AUGAUCAUCCAGGCAGUGGGUCUCUUAGACGACCUUGAUAAGGAGCUCAACAACUUUGCCAUGAGACUUCGGGAGUGGUAUGGCUGGCACUUCCCGGAGAUGGGAAAGAUCGUGACCGAGAACUUGGCGUACGCCAAGGUCGUUCGACUUAUGGGCUUGAAGACCAAGGCGAAGGAGACCGACUUUUCAGAGGUGGGCGUGCCGGAGGAAAUCGCCAGCGAGGUGAAAUCGGCAGCCGAGACCUCGAUGGGCACCGAGAUCACCGACGAAGACUUGGGGAACAUCAAGACCCUGAGCGAGCGAGUCAUCGAACUCACCGAAUACCGAGCUUCCCUGUCGGAAUAUUUGAAGUUGCGAAUGACGGCCAUUGCCCCCAAUCUCACCUACAUGGUGGGUGAGCUGGUCGCUGAUGAGUUUGGCGAAGCACCCCUCGAGUACCGUCCAGAUUCUCGGAGCGGAGAAGGCACUCUUCAGAGCAUUGAAGACCAAGAAGCAAACUCCCAAGUUGGGUCCUUAGUCCAACCAGAGGCCUGUGGUUGGAGGUACGGCCUCAUCUACCAUGCCUCCUUGGUGGGGCAAUCUGCUCCAGCCCUCAAGGGCAAGAUCAGCCGCGUGCUGGCCGCCAAGCUGUCGCUCUGCUGCCGCGUGGAUGCCUUGGGCGACCAGGAGUUCAAGGAAUACGUGGAGAAGCGCCUCGCGAGCCUUGAGGCCAUGGAGUACUGCAAGAGCCACUAUGCCGCCUCCACGCUCUCCGAGCCUCUGACCCUGGCGUCUAUGGUGGCAGUGUAUUUGGCACUUGUACCGGCCGCGGUGUUUUUGUAUCGAGGCCAGUACAUCAGGAUGCAAAAGUUGUUGCUCCUUCUGGCUGUGACCAUGAACUUGCGUUAUCUGGUUUUCGGCAUGGGCCCAGGCAUUUCUUGGUUCACCAACUUGUUUGACCUGGUGAACUACCUCUUCAUUGGUGACCAGACCAACUGCUUGGAGGUGCCCACGCUGUCGAAUGAGCUGCCGGAGAAUACCCUGCUCCAGAUGUACACCUUCCACCCUAGCUGGGCCACCGAUUUCUACAAUCAUUUCAUGGGUAGCGGUAGCGACCUCUCCAAGCUCUGCCUGCAUGCGCACGUCAUCUUUCAAACUGCUUGCUUGGUGCUGUCCUUCGUCCACAUCUUCGUGGCGCGCACCGCGGCCCUGCAACGGAGCCUGGGCCGAGCGUCGGCGCUGUGCGGCACCGUGGGGCUGACCAUGGCGGUGCUGAUGGGGUCAGAGGAUGGCCAAAAGGCAUCCUACGGGGGCAUGUGGUCUGUCUAUGGCUGGUAUUGGAUGGCUGGAAGCAGCUUCUUCCUCUUGAGUAAAGGCAUUCUGGCUGUGAUGCGCAAGGACAUCAAGUCCCACAAGCGCUGGAUGACCCGAUACUAUGUCUCCAUGUGGUCCGACUUCCUGAUCUUUCGGUUGAUGUUGGUGGUGUUGACGCCUUGCUUCUCGCAGUGCCGGAGCUGUGCGCUUCUGACCUGCAUCUGGCUGAGUCCCGCCAUCGGUUUGCUUCUGGGGCAGUUGGUCCUCAGCCGUGGCUUUGUGGAGGACCAUCGCACUUGGACUGCUGGAUACAACAAGCUGAAGUGA